UGUUUGAACAAGGUGAACCAGCAUGAGUAACAUCGGUUCGAGCUCCAACCCGAGCGCGAACAAUCGGAGGUUCGGAGACAAGGUGUCUAUACCGAGGCAAUGGCUCUCAUUCGCUGGGGACUGUGCACCUCUGAGAAAGUACCUUGCCUCUCGAAGCUACGGGUCCGGCUGGGCGCCAUUAAAAUUUGUGGACGCUCUCUUCCGAGGUUAUGGUCAGGUGGUGUUUGCGAACAACCCAAUAAGCGGAGUUCUGAUCUUCAUAUCCCUGACAGUGGCAGACCCUCUAGUGUCGGCUGCAGGACUCCUCACAGCAUCUGUUGGUCUCUUAGGCUCCAUCGUGAUACUCCCUCAGCCACCGGAGAUACUCAGCCAAGGUGUCACCGUGUUCAAUUCCUUACUUAUUGGACUGAUAACGACAGGGACACUGCCGACACACUACGGUCUAACCCUCGAGACCUGGCACUGGUUCUCCAUGAUCAUCGCAGCCACCACGAGUGUUUACGUGGAAUCGGCCUUGGGCAACAUUCUAGGAUCCCUAUGUCGGUUUCCCUUACCCUACCUCACCGUUCCAUUUAAUAUAGUUCAACAGUUGCUGUUUCUUACCGUCAUUAGUAUCACUACUCUUAAUGCGACAGACACACCGCCAAUAGCAACUCAUCACAUGACGUCACAGCCUCCCCUUCUUGUUCCAUCGUCGCUUAUCAGCAUCGAGAGGUUGCGGCAGGUGCCUGUUGACACAACGCAGCCGACAUUACUGUCAAACCUGAAUGCACUCAAGGAGACAAGUCCUCCCGGAAUUUUGAUUGAUGGCUCCACUACAGACACGGAUAUAUUUUUUGGAGAUGUUCUGGAGGACCAUACCACUCACACUGACACGCUAAGUACCCAGCACAUCGCAGUGACACCAAGUGAAGCCGCAGAUUUCGAAGACAAUUUCCCGUACGGUCAAAUUGUGAGUAAGAGUACACAAGAAACAGUCAGAGAAUAUGAUAGAAACGCAAAUGUACGGCUUGACUCCAAACUUACUGUGACUGAUUCUGAAAGUAUUCAAACAUUCACAAUAGGUGCAAAUGAUUUUGAACAAAAAGAAACUUCAGUAACUACUUUGGCCCCAGACCACAAGCAGUUCGCACUGACAGAAUCUUCACAGAACGCCAGUAAUUCACAUCUGCAACCGAACUCUGCUUCUUCUGUUCACAAUAACGUUGAAUUAAUGCAGGACGCUCAUAGUUACACAGAAGGAGAAGUAUAUGAAACAGGAGAUCACCAGAGUAUAGCCUCCAUUGUCAUGGACUCAACAACAUCUGAAAUGACUCCGCUUUUUUCAACAAGCAGGACCAGUAAUUUUAAUGAAGACGAUGUCCUUCUGGCUGAGGAAACAGUAACUAUAAGGUUAAAGAGAAGUAUCUCCUUGGAGGCUACAGAACGAAAUCCGUUGACUCCGCACCAAAAUGCCAGUUUUGGUAUCGUGGAGCCUGUUGUCGAUUGGGGAGGGGUAAGUUGAAACUUAUGCCUCAUUUGAAAAA